AGAAAUCCAAUUGGAUCAAUUAUUUUGGAUUUUGGAGAAAUCAAAGUGUAGUGAUGGCAUCAUGGAAUUCAACUCCUCUUGAAGUUCUUUACACUACUUUAGGAUGGAUUGCAUUUUUCUCUUGGUCCAUUAGCUUUUACCCUCAAGUCAUCUUGAAUUUCAAACGCAAAAGUGUGGUGGGGUUGAAUUUCGAUUUCGUGCUGUUGAAUUUGACCAAACACUCGUCUUAUCUCAUCUAUAAUGCUUCCAUGUUCUUUAGUUCUGCUGUUCAGAAGCAGUACCUUGAGAAAUAUGGCCUUAAUGAGAUGAUACCUGUCGCUGCCAAUGACGUUGCUUUCUCAAUCCAUGCUGUUCUAUUGACAGCAUUUACCCUGUUUCAGAUUGUUAUUUAUGAUCGUGGAAACCAGAAGGUCUCAAGGACUUCCAUUGGGAUCGUGUGUGUUGCUUGGUUAACUGUUGCAGUUUGUGUGUUCAUAGCUUUCCCCAGUCAUUCCUGGCUUUGGCUGAUCUCUUGCUUUAACACGUUGCAGGUUGUCAUGACAGUCAUUAAGUACAUUCCUCAGGCUAUUAUGAACUUUCAGCGGAAGAGCACUAUUGGAUUUAGCAUUGGCAACAUUUUGCUGGACUUGCUUGGAGGUGUCACAAAUUAUGGCCAGAUGGUAGUGCAAUCCAUCGAUCAGAAUUCGUGGGUGAACUUUUAUGGAAACAUAGGCAAGACUUUAUUGUCAUUGGUGUCGAUAUUCUUUGAUGUUCUCUUCAUUUUGCAACAUUAUCUGCUCUAUCCUGCUUGGAAGACUGUGACUUCUCGAGAUGUUGAUGUGACGGGCAAAAAGCCGUUGCUUAAAACUUCUGAUGACGAAAACAAGGAAGAUGUAUAAUGCAUUAUUCAUCAGAAAAUGUGUCUCGAAUGUAAAAUGGCAAAUGUAUAUUUUGAUUAUGUUCACGGUUAUUCUAAAGUAGAUGAGCCUAAAUGGAGACACAUGACAGUAAGAAUUCACAUAGCCUACAACUUGUUUGGGAUUGAGGUGUAGGUGUUGUUGUAUACAGUUAUUCUGAAGUGAAGACAGAUACAUAAUUAAAGAAAAGAAACUGCGCCUGGUAACUUUUCUAUUUUGUGAAUUUGUAAGCAUAAACAACAAUGUGUAACUUUUCUAUUUGUGAAGUUGUAAGCAUAAAGAACAAUGGGUAUGCAA